CGAAUUAUGUAUUGGAUUUCUAGGUUGGCAACGCAUAUGGUGUGAUGCUGUAUCAGUUUUUCCACCUUUUGUUCACUACGAAGACGAAAAUGCUUUAAUUCCAUUUCCUGUGCAAACAGGGUUAAUUACUCAAAAUGUUGAUGUCUGGGGUGUCCAAUUAAGCUUUAGAAUUUCUCUUUGUUGGCAGAUGGUUUGAUAUGUUAUAAAAAAAAUUCGUAGGGAACUUUUCUCAGUUUCACACUUAUUUUAGGUCUUUAAUGUAAUCGUGAUUCAUUGUUGGUCAUCGCUCUCUUUAUGUUGGUUGGCUCUCUCUACUUGGAAGUUGGGUAUCAUCAUAAUUAUAUUGGAGUGAUGCAUUUUUAAAAAAUCCGCUCUAUUAGGCAAUCUCCCAUUUCUAAAUGGAACAAAGAUAUUUUAAUUCUUAAUAUACUUGGUGAAGUUUCUACUUGUUGAAUCAGCGAUAUUUGCAUUCUUUAUCUAGUUUUUAUCAUUUGCAAGUACAAUUUGUUAACGCAGCAUGUGGGGAAAAAACAAUGAAAUAUCUUUUGGUAUUAUGCACGUAGCCAAUGAUUUUAUGAACAGGUUUAGUUUAUAAGCUAUUUUUUCCCAAAUUUUAUAACCGCGUGUAUCAAAAUCUCUUCAUUUAUCACCUGUUGUCUUUUUAUUUUCUCACACGAAGAGUGAUAGUUUUAGUCUUCAUCUGUCUAUUUUGUUAGCCAUUAAAAGUUUUGAAUUUGUAACAUGGUCAUUUAUGUAGUGUAUACAUUUAUAGAGAUGAGGACAAUUAUGUGUUUAAUGAGAGUUCUUUCAGCAAUUAAUCAAAGGUUAAUAUGCUCAUAUCUAUAUGUGACAUUCAAUCAUUCAUUUCUUGAUACUUAUUACGCUUUGAGUAAUUGAUGCAGGCGAUUUAAAGAAAAGAAGGAGACGACCGAGCCAGAGGCUGAUCCAGAGAGAGAUCAAAGGACUGUGUUCGCUUACCAGAUGCCCCUGAAAGCAACUGAAAGGGAUGUCUAUGAGUUUUUCUCACAAGCUGGAAAGGUCAGGGAUGUACGUCUGAUCAUGGACAGAAAUUCAAGAAGAUCAAAGGGAGUUGGGUAUAUUGAAUUUUAUGAUGCCAUGUCUGUCCCAAUGGCCAUUGCAAUAUCUGGACGCUUAUUGCAUGGGCAGCCUGUUAUGGUUAAACCUUCAGAAGCUGAAAAAAACCUUGUGCAGUCAAAUACUGCUACUGGUGUGGCAGGAGUUUCUGGACCAUAUGCUGCUUCAGAAAGGAAAUUGUAUGUUGGAAAUCUUCACUUCAACAUGACAGAAUUAAACCUUAAACAGAUUUUUGAAUCUUUUGGUCCUGUUGAGCUUGUGCAGUUACCCACAGAACCGGAAACAGGGCAUUGCAAAGGUUUUGGAUUUGUUCAAUUUGCUCAAAUUGAACAUGCAAAAGCUGCACAGAGUUUGAAUGGGAAACUGGAGAUUGCUGGCCGCGUUAUCAAGGUUUCAUCUGUGACGGAACAUGUUGGAGCACAAGAAUCAGCAGCGAAAACCGCAGAUUUUGAUGACGAUGAAGGGGGUGGGCUGGCAUUGAACGCACAGUCAAGAGCAAUGUUGAUGCAGAAGUUGGAUCGAAGCGGUAUAGCAUCCAGCAUUACAGGUUCUCUUGGGGUUACUAGUACAGCUCCAGCAACACUGGCAGGUGUUAGCAUGCCCAUCGGUGGGUCCCCUGCUAUGCCGGCCACAAUCCUUCCAGCUCAAGUGGUUGCUGCCAUGAUUCCUGAACCUGUUGGCACAGCCAGUGAGUGCUUGCUGUUGAAGAAUAUGUAUGACCCAGCUAUGGAGACGGAUCCGGAGUAUGAUUUGGACAUUAAGGAAGAUGUCUAUGAAGAGUGUUCCAAAUAUGGUGUUGUGAAGCAUAUUCAUGUUGAAAAGAACAGUGGAGGAUAUGUGUACUUGCGGUUUGACAGUGUGGAGUCUUCGGCUCGCGCGCAACAAGCAAUGCAUAAACGAUGGUUUGCUCGGAGAUCAGUUUCCGCCAUAUUCUUGCAACCUUACGAGUAUGAUGCCAAGUUCAAAGGUGCAGCUUGAACGCGUUAGAGACUCCCACCGCAGUCAAGCGGAAGUGUAUUGAUUGAUAAUCUCUGACAUGAAAGCUCAUCCGGACAUGUUUUUUUUUGCUGUUAUUGUUGUGUAUUUGGGAUCACUAGUCAAGUUGCCAUUUUGUGGAACCUACCUGAUGCUCAAUUAGUAACUCUAUUGAAUUUUACUUGAACCAUUUUUUCCCAGUAGGAAUGGUAGCAAGUACUAGUGUUCCACCUAAGAGUUGAUAUGCUCUCUCAAUUUAGGUAAAUACUUGAGUGAACGUUAGGUUCACCU